AUGAUUCGAAUUAUUGUGGUUUUAAUUGUUAUAGGUGUAGUUUGUUCUCAACCCCUUUCGAAAACUGACCAGUUGGCUAGAGCAUUUAAAGAUUGCCAGAAAGAUACAGGUCUAAACGAAGAUACAUUUAAAAAAGUUCUUCUUGAAAAUAAGAUAGACGAAAACGCAAAGAAGUACAAUCUUUGUUUACUCGAAACAGUUGAAAUAAUGGACAAAAAUGGAAAUCUUAAUAAGGAAAUAUUCUUUAAUUACGUAAAAUUGCUUUAUCCUCUUAAACUUGGAGACAUUGUCGAAAAAUGUGGUGCCCCAGAAGGUCCUGAUCCUCUACAAAUUGGUAUUAAUUUAUCUAUAUGUGCAUUUGCAAUUAUUAUUUCUAAAUAA